AUGUUUAGAGUUACUCUAAGGAAACUUUCUACAAUGUCCAGUAUUGCAACGUCUUCUAAAACUAACUACCCAAAAGAAUUCAUUAAAUUCCUCAAUGAAUCUCAUACACCUUACCAUGUAGUUCACAACAUGAAAUUACAUCUAGAUCAGCAUGGUUUUCAAGAGUUGAGUGAACGUGAAGCUUGGAAUGGUAAAGUACAACGUAAGGGCAGAUACUACGUGACUAGGAACAAUUCUUCAAUUGUAGCAUUUGCUGUUGGUGGAAAAUGGCAACCAGGAAAUGCAAUUGCCAUUACUGGUGCUCAUACUGAUUCUCCCGUGCUUAGAAUCAAACCAGUAUCCAAGAGAAAAACUGAGAAUUACGAACAAGUUGGUGUGGAAUGUUAUGGUGGUGGUAUUUGGCAUUCUUGGUUUGAUUCUGAUCUGUCCAUUGCAGGUAGAGUUUUUGUGAAUGAUAGAGAAUCUGGUAAAAUUGUCUCCAAGUUAGUAGAUUUGAAUAAGCCAUUGCUUAAAAUCCCUACGCUGGCCAUUCAUUUGGAUAGAGAAGUUAAUUCAAAGUUUGAAUUUAACAAGGAAUCGCAACUAUUACCAAUUGCUGGGUUGGUUAACGGAGAGUCCAAGGGAGACGAGGAUGUCAAGGAAGAUUCGUUUUCAUCUUUGAAAGCAGUUGUGGAAAGGCAUCAUCGUAGCAUUUUAGAAUUGGUUGCUCAACAGUUGAAUCUUUCGUCCGUUAGCGAUAUCGAAGAUUUUGAAUUGAUCCUUUAUGACUACGCAGCAGCCACGCUUGGUGGUUUCCAUGAUGAAUUUGUUUUUUCAGGUAGAUUGGACAACUUGACUUCAUGCUUCACGUCUUUACAUGCAUUGACUUUAGCUGCUGAUACCAAUAUUGAUGAAGAAACUGGUAUUAGACUCAUGUCAUGCUUUGAUCAUGAAGAGAUUGGAUCCUCUUCAGCCCAAGGUGCUGAUUCCAACUUCUUACCUAAUGUACUUGAAAGGUUGGCAUCAUUGAAAGGUGAUCCUUCUUCUGAUGUGAAUGAUCCAUUGUCUAAGUCCUACAUUUUAGAAACUUUUGCCAAAUCUUUCUUCAUGUCCUCGGAUGUUGCCCAUGCAGUACAUCCAAAUUAUGUGAACAAAUAUGAAUCUCAACAUAAACCAAUUAUCGGCGGCGGUCCCGUUAUAAAGAUCAAUGCCAAUCAACGUUACAUGACUAAUUCACCGGGAAUGGUUCUCGUUAAAAAAUUGGCAGACAAAGCUCAAGUUCCAUUACAAUUAUUUGUUGUGAGUAAUUGUUCCUCUUGUGGAUCCACUAUUGGUCCAAUUUUGGCAUCGAAGACAGGUGUUAGGACGUUGGAUUUAGGUAAUCCGAUUUUAAGCAUGCAUUCCAUCAGGGAGACUGGUGGCUCUGAAGAUUUAGGACUACAGAUUAAAUUAUUUAAAGAGUUUUUCGAACAGUAUAGUUCUUUGGAAUCAAACAUUAUAGUUUGA